AGGGAAAAAAAUGCUUCUGUGCUCUAGUUUUAAAAUGCAAAGGUAUGAUGUUAUUUGUCACCAUGCCCAAAAAAGUCCUUACUCGAUAACUUUGCCAGAAGAGGGAGAGAGAGAGAAGGCAAGCGUUCCCCCAGCUGUUUCCUGUCUACAGUGUCUGUGUUUUGUAGAUAAAUGUGAGGAUUUUCUCUAAAUCCCUCUUCUGUUUGCUAAAUCUCACUGUCACUGCUAAAUUCAGAGCAGAUAGAGCCUGCGCAAUGGAAUAAAGUCCUCAAAAUUGAAAUGUGACAUUGCUCUCAACAUCUCCCAUCUCCCUGGAUUUCUUUUUGCCUCAUUAUUCCUGCUAACCAAUUCAUUUCCAGACUUUGCACUUCAGAAGCAAUGGGAAAAAUCAGCAGUCUUCCAACCCAAUUAUUUAAGUGCUGCUUUUGUGAUUUCUUGAAGCAGGUGAAGAUGCCCGUCACAUCCUCCUCGCAUCUCUUCUACCUGGCCCUGUGCUUGCUCGCCUUCACCAGCUCUGCCACGGCGGGACCCGAGACCCUCUGCGGGGCUGAGUUGGUGGACGCUCUCCAGUUCGUGUGUGGAGACAGGGGCUUUUAUUUCAACAAGCCCACGGGGUACGGCUCGAGCAGUCGGAGGGCGCCCCAGACAGGAAUAGUGGAUGAGUGCUGCUUCCGGAGCUGUGAUCUGAGGAGGCUGGAGAUGUACUGUGCGCCUCUCAAGCCCGCCAAGGCGGCCCGCUCAGUCCGUGCCCAGCGCCACACCGACAUGCCCAAGGCUCAGAAGGAAGUACAUUUGAAGAACACAAGCAGAGGCAGUGCAGGAAGCAAGAACUACAGGAUGUAGGAGGACCUCCCCAAAGAGUGAAGAAUGAUGCGCCACCGGCAGGACCCUUCGCUCUGCACGAGUCACCGGUCAAACACCAGAAGACCCACCAAAAACAAGUUUGAUAACAUUUCAGAAGAUGGGCAUUCCCCCCAGUGAAACGAGUAAACAUUCCAACAUUGUCUUUAGGAGUGAUUGUUCAAAGCUUUGCACCUUGCAAAAAUGACCCUGGAGUUGGUAGAUUGCUGUUGAUCCUUUAUCAAUAAUGUUCUAUAGAGAAAAAAUAUAUAUAUAGACCUUAGUCCCUGCCUCUCGAGAGCCACAAAUGCAUGGGUGUUGUAUAGAUCCAGUUGCACUAAAUUUAUCUCUGAAUCUUGGCUGCUAGAGACAUUCAUUCAGCAGGCUUGUCUAAGUGGUUUAUUAAUUUUUUUAUUUGCACUUCUUUCUACGCAACACAGGCUGUUUGUUUUACAGUGUCUGAAAACCUUGUUCCUCUAUCCCGCCCCCCUCUCCAUCACCUUUAUAUUUGCUGAAUUUGGCCUCCGAGACAGCAGCAGCAAGCAGUUAAGUAGCACACCAGUGUUUAACCCACAAGAUCCCAUCUGUGGCAUUUGUACCAAAUAUAAGUUGGAUGCAUUUAUUUUAGACACAAAGCUUUAUUUUUUCCACAUCUUGCUAAAAGAUGCAAGUAGUUACAACUUUGAGGCCAAUCAUUUUAGGCGUAUGUUUUAAGCAUAGAAAGUCUCAAACUCUGAGUGGUUCCUUCAAGAGAUGAGUUAGUGUGUGACCUGAUCAGUACUUCUCUCUUUUUAUUUCUUCCAUAUAGAGCACUAUGUAAAUUUAGCAUAUCAAUAUUACAGGAUAUAUCAAACAGUAUGUAAAACUCUGUUUUUUAGUACAAUGGUGCUAUUUUGUAGUUUGUUAUAUGAAAGAGUCUGGCCAAAACGGUAAAAGGUGAAAGCAAAACUGAAGAGGAAGCCUGGAGUCAAAGGUUACACAGAGGGGAAGGGUACUCAAAACUCAAACAUUUGGGAAAGAAAAGCUCCCCAAUUAUGGCUUCCAAGGAAAAUAAGACACAAAGUCCACUGAUACAAAUUUGAUUGGCGAGUCCAGAGAGGAGUAGAAAAAGCAGAAGGCUAGGAGUUUAAUAAUCCUGGUUUCUUAUUCUCGCUGAAGAAACAAACAUCUGACGACUCUGCCAUGGACUCACCACUGUGUGACCUUGGGCAAGUCACUUCACCUCUCUGUGCCUCAGUUUCCUCAUCUGCAAAAUGGGGGCAAUAUGUAAUCUACCUACCUCACAGGGGUGGUAUGAGGAUUAAAAAGAUAAAGCUCCAGAUUUUUAUCCUGAGUUGCUAUGAGGGCAUCAAGAUCAGAGCCCUUGAGUUGCUAGGAUGCAAAGAAUUCUAUAAACAACCCAUUCACAGCAUAGCUAGAAAAUUGAUAAGCUGAAUGCUCUUGACAUGCCAGUUCUUGUCAGUAUGGCUAUCCAACUAACUAUCUGUUAAAAGCUACCAGUUCAAUCUCUUUUAAAACACUUUUCAAAAUAGAAACAUUUGCAUCUACAAUUUGAUUUUGAAUUCUGCAUUUGGAUUUAUAAAUAUAAAGUGAAAAUGGAGAAAGGAAAAGAAAGAAGGAGAAAAACAGAUUUCUACAAGUGAAAGAAUGGUUACUCCUUUUGUUAGCACAUGUUGACUCUUCCAGGCAUUUACUAAUAAUCGAAUAAUUUGUUGUUGUUUAGUCGCUCAGUCAUGUCCUACUCUUUGUGACCCCAUGGACCAUAGCCCACCAGGCUCCUCUGUCCAUGGGAUUUCCCAGGCAAGAAUACUGGAGGGGGUUGCCACUACCUCCUCCAGGGGAUCUUCCCAACCCAGGGAUCGAACCCACAUCUUCUGCUUGGCAGGCAGAUUCUUUACCACAGAGCCACCUGGGAAACCCAAUCUAAUAAUACUUAUUUUAAUAUCAUAAAUGAGACUAUUCAUUUUGAAAGUCACAGUUAUUUCCUCUCUUUAAGCCCAAGAUUUCAAAUACUGAAAUAAUAACUAGUAAAAAGUCACAAAUUUACUUUCCUGAAUGUAUUUUGUUCUUAUCCUUGGAAGUAUAUACAUAAACAUAUAUUUUUAAAUUUUUUUUCCACAAAAACAUGCUUAACCAGAGUUGCAAGUUGAGAGACAAAAGUUUCUUUCACAGCUAGAAAUUUUCUAGCUCAUAACUCUUGUCUGCUUAGAAGAGUGGCUUCUAGUCCUCUGUGGAUGUAUCUUAUCCAUUCAAUUGAAAAUUGGUAUCAAGAAAACCCAGUGAUAAGAACAAGUCCGUGCUAACCUAGAAAAAUAUUUCCUGUCUAUAUAUCAAGGUUUUCUUACUAAAACAACAAAUCAUUCAUCAUUCAUAUCUUUUUAUCUGCCUUAGAAUUUUUUGGUAAAAAGCAACCAGACUUGAUUAUUUCAUGUAAAUUAUAUCCCUUUUAUUCUUGGAGAGUGUACAUGCAAAACAAAAAUAGCAUCUUUGGUUUUCAUUCCACUGGUUCACCUCAAGGUUCAGAGGCCAGAAAAAAAGAGAUUUCUUGUAUCUCCAAACUUAUGCAAAAAGAGGCCUCUUUAAUGGAUGUCCCUUUCAGCCAACUGGUAUUUUAACCUCAGUCCACAGUGUUAUUUGAAUUCAGCACCUCCAGCAUGCUGAACUAUGUUCUGAUCACUGUGGACAAUGUAAAAGAAACCAUAGGCGGUUUUGCUCUUCAUCUGUUUUCUAGACAUAUGGGUUCUGUGGAUCCACUGGGAAAAUGGAUACAUUUUCCCAAAAUGGCACUUCUGAUUUUUAUUUCUUAUUCCUAGUGUAUACCUUUUUAAAUUACUGACUACCAAUAACAUGUUACAUGCAACCUUCAACAGACUUAUGUUUCCAGACAUAGGUGAAUAUGUUAAUUCUAAGAGUGUCUAUGACUUAUUUGAUUCACUAAUAAUUCUAUUCAUAACCAAAAAUACUCCAGUGAGGAAAGCUUAAAUAUGGAAAGCCAUAUUACUUUUCUUAAUUUUUUCUAACACACAGUCCUAUUCAACUGUAUCAUAAAUCAGCUAGUUAAAAAUUAGCUAAUUAUGCUAACCCACUGUCUUAUUUUCAAAUGAUUUAAAACUAGAAGUCAAAUUGCUGUCAACUCCGAAAACCAGCUGAUCACUAUACAGUACAGCAGAAUGACCCAGUAUUGACAGAAGGAAGCACAUAAAAUCUUACAGCUCAAUUUGUAAGCUUUACUUUAGAAUUUUAAGAUGAGGCAAUAUCAAGAUAUUUGCAAAAGAACUAUAAAUACAUGUAAGAGUGAGCUUUCAAUUUAUGGGUUGAUUUUCAGUUUAAUUGACAACACAAUACCUAGGUCAAAUGUCCAUUCCCAGUUCCCCAAAUAGUAUAAUUGCAUUAUUAGAACAUUUUAAAAUGAAGAAGACCCACUAAAAAAGUGAAAGCAUCUUUCCAUUAGAAUCCACUCUUCUAGAGAUAAGGGAAAACUCUCCCAAUACUCACCCUACACACACACACACACUCAUCCUAAGAGUCCAAUGGAAUAUUGAGAAGAAAUCGCUUCUUUGAAAAAUCUUAAAAAAAAAAAAAAAAAAGCCUGGUGUCCCUGGAGAAUCCUUCCCCUCCUUGGAAUGUCAAUGUUUGUGUAGAUGAAACCAUCUCAUGCACUGUGGCUUCAGGGUUUCUGUUACUAGUUUAUGCACUUGGGAGAAUGCUUUAAAACGGAAGAUGUAGCACAUUUUGCUUUCCCAUUUAUUGUUUGGCCAGCUAUGCCAAUGUGGUGCUAAUGUUUCUUUAAGAAAGUACUUGACUAAAAAAAAAAAAAAGAAAAAAAGAAAAAAAAGAAAGCAUAGACAUAUUUUUUUAAAGUAUGAAAACAACAAUUCUAUAGCUAGAUGGCAUAAGAAAAUAGCAUUAGGUCUAGUCACCACCACCUUUCAACUUUUUAUCACUUGCAAGUAGUGUACUAUUCACCAAAUUGUGAGUUUGGGGGUGCAAGGGCUGAAGAUGAAAAUUGUUUUAAGUUAGAAGGCUCCAUUGUUUUGUUGGCUCUCAAACUCAACAAAAUUAGCAAUAUAUUAUCCAAUCUGAACAUGCUGUUUGAUUCAGGAGCAUGGAGUAUAGAAGGGAAAGAAAAAAGAAAAAGAAAAAAAAAGACCUUAUAGGCAAAUGGCAGAAUUGAAAAGAUCAUUGAGUUAUUCAUUGAUUUGUGUGUGUGUGUGUGCGUGCGUGUGUGUGUGUGUGUGUGUACUCUCUGCUCUAAAACAUACUCAGCAAGUGGAGAAAAUAAAAACAAAGAGAAAAAUGCAUAGAUUCACCUGCUAAAAAUAGCUUCUGCCACAUCCCCCUUGAGUAGUUCUUUGGCAUCGACUGGUUUAAUAGAAGAUAUUCUCCCUUCACCUAAACAUCUCAAAGAGCAGUAGCUCUCAUAAAAGCAAUCACUGAUCUCAUUGGGAAGUGUUGGAAAGUAUUUCCUUCUGAGAUGGGGGUUAUCUACUGAUAAGGACAGAGAAGAAUUUAUGAGAAAUCGUUGAAAGAGAUGGCUAACAAUCUGUGAAGAUUUUUUUGUUUUUGUUUUUACUUUAUACAGUCUUUAUGAAUAUCUUAAUGUUCAAAAAUGACUUGUUUUUUUCUUCUUUUUUUAUAUUGGAAUAAGGGAUGAUAAGUUAAACCCAUAUAGACUGAUUCUUUAAAACUAUAGGCUAGAUAGAAAUGUAUGUUUGACUUGUUGAAGCUAUAAUCAGACUAUUUAAAAAUGUGUUUGCUAUUUUUAAUCUUAAAAGAUUGUACUAAUUUAUUAGAGACAGAUCCUAUUUGGCUCUCUUCAUAAGAAAGAGCAUUUCCCUUCAAAUCACCUGGGCUUUCCCAUCGAUGUUUUUGAAAGAAUAAUCUGAUUUAUGCAUCAUUAUGGCAUCAUUUAUUUUCAAAUUUUAAAAUAAAAUAAGUGUGAUUCUUCAUGCCCCUCUCCUGCAAUGCUCGUAAAGUCCAAAAUCUGAAAGGGGCAGAAAACAAGAGAAAAUUUUGUUGGUUCUUUGUUUUGGGUUUGUUUGUUUUUUAUGCUAGUGUUUAAUCCUAUAGUACAUAUUUGCUUAUUGCUGUGUUAAUAUUUUAAAAGACUUUUCUGUUAGGUAUUAGAAACUGAUACAUAGAUAUCUUUUUUGUGUGAUUUCUAUUUAAAAAAAAAAAGAUGAGAUGAGAUGACUGUCUGAGCUUUAAGUGCGUGUGGUACAGGAUAAAGAUACAAAUUUAAACAAUCAAAUCCUAUCUGGAGCAAUACUUUUUGUAGAGAACCUCUCAUAGAUGAGACAGAGGCCCAGGGAAGUUUUCAAACUCUUUUUUUCCUCUUAGUCCUUAUUCAUUUAGUAUCUGUCUCAAAAUUUUGUAGAGGACUGACCAAACUGAAACCCUGAAAUGAAAGGGACCUCUUUUAAAACAUACAUUUCACCUGUUUUCUUAAUUUAUGAAGCCACAUUGAUCUUAAACAUGGUCCCCAUUUCUCCCCAUUCUUCAACUGUCAUUGAUAAGGUCUUUCAAGAUAAAAUCACUUAAAAAGAGAACACAAAAAUUCGAUUGUCACUGCCCAAUUGAAAUGUAAAUUAAGAUAUAGUUUCUCCAAUUUAACCCCUACUGAAUCUCACCUGUCACCUUCAAAUGGCCUUCAUUCUCCUUAGGAUAUGCCCUCUUUUAAUUGCCCAGGCCUAAAUGCACUGAUGUAAAAGUAGGAAAAAUGAAAGAAGAGCUCAAAAAUCCCUUCCAAACCACCCACUGGCCCCACUCACCUACCCAUAGCAAAAUCACUACUGUUAAUCCCUUAAUCUGAUUUUUUUUGGGUAUUUAUCUUGUACCUGCUGCUAAACACACUGCAGGAGGGACUCUGAAACCUCAAGCCGCCUACUCACAUCUCUUAUCUGUGUCUGUGUAUUAUUAAAAUGUCUAUUCAAAUAUCAAAAACUUUCAAACAUCAUGCAGCUUGUAUUCAGUUUAUACAAAGGCCCCAAGUACUAUGUCAGAUCUCUUUUUGCUGAAAGAGCUAAUGAAGUUGAAACCUGGGAUUACAUCGUGUGUUUUGCUUCAUUUGUUUUUAUCACAUUUAUAGGCCAAGUGUGAUAAGUAAACUUACAGACACUGAAUUAAUCUUCCCUGCUACUCUGAAACCAGAAAAUAAUGAUUGGUCAUUCACUAUAUCUGUCUUAGUUCAAAACAUAUUUUUUAUUAAAUUAACUCUGUAUUUGAAAUUAUUAUUCAAUUCAUUUAUGGCAGAGGAAUAUUGAUCCUAAUGACUUCUAAAAAUGUAACUAACUGAAUCAUUAUCUGACAUUUACUGUUUAAUAAGCAUAUUUUGAAAAUGUAUGGCUAGAGCGUCAUAAUAAAAUGAUAUAUCUUUCUUUAGUAGUUACAUUAAAAUUAAUCAUGUUU